UUAAUAGGCAGCCGUCGUCGACAUCGUCGACAUCGUUGACAACUACGUCAACAAGCACAGCAGCGUUCAUCUCACUAAAGACGCCUGUCCGCCCAAAUAACGAUAACAGCAAUCCAAGCCAGUAGGAGAUUUGCAGGUAGCCAGCCUUUUAGUGAUAACGCAGCAGAGCUGCCGAUUCAGUUAAGAUCGCGAGUAAUUUUGGCAUAUCAUGUCACUUACGUCCCGAAUCGUGAAGCGUGCGGUUGUUCUACUCGUACAGCAUCUCUCCCGCUGCCCAAACUAGCUGAGAAACCGGACCAGCCAGAAUCACAUCCAUCUAGGCUAAUUGCUUAUGAGAAAGUCUACAAAAUUAAGACAUAUUGUGCACAUCGGCCAAUUAUAACGACUGACGACUAAGCCCAAGCAAGUGUCUAUUAAUCUCUGUGUGUGUGAGUGAGUGUGUUCGAGCUGAUCGUGAUUGUGUGUUUGAUUUGUGACGCCAGAAGCGGAAGAGGCUAAUGUGCGGUCGCAGUUGCGACUCCUCCAGCAGAAGCCACUCCAUUAGUGCUGACAUCAGUUCUCAAAGAUGGUAGAGAUGGAGAAUCCCGGCAAGGAUGAGCGUGAGCCAAAGGACAAUCGGGAUGCUGAAGCCGCCACUGAGGCUGAGGCGUCUAGUGAUCCAGCGGACCAGGACUUGGACGAAAGCAAUAUCAAUGCCGAGACCAAACUUUUGGAAAAUGGCAACAUCCAUGCCACUGAAAAACCCACCAAAACAAAAACUGUCAAAGGCGAAAAGUCCGAACACGAUCGCACAAUGACCGAGGAGAUUAACAAACUACUCAAUGACAUGCCGUUGGAAAAGGAUAUAACCUGCGGAUUCUGGAUUUUCAAGGGCAGAUUCUUUCAGAGCUUUGCCAAUCAAACGGCGUAUGUGAUACUCUAUGGAAUCGUAGGCUGUAUUUUCUCGAUGACCUACGCAUACUUUAAUGGCACAAUUACAACGAUUGAGAAACGGUUUAAGAUACCCUCGAAGAACACGGGCAUUAUUUCUGUGGGCAAUGACAUAAGUCAGAUGCUGGUAUCCGCCGUUCUCGCCUACUAUGCCGGCAAAGGCCAUCGUCCCCGUUGGAUUGGCUUUGGUCUGCUGACAAUCGUUCUAUUUUGUUUGCUUACGAGCACACCCCACUUUCUUUACGGUCCCGGCGAAGACGCGCUCGCACUGACGGAGGAGUUUGGCGCCGUUCCCGUUGAAAACGGCACCAAUGAGGCGAUUGAGGAGCAGCGGUCGAAGAUGCUCUGUCGUCUGAAUGGCGGUGGGGCCGAGUGCGAAGUGGGCGAAGGAAAUUUCGCACCUCAGGUCAUUCUAUUUGUGGCCCAAUUCAUUUCCGGCAUCGGUGGCUCACUCUACUACACACUUGGUGUUUCGUAUAUGGAUGACAAUACAAAGAAAUCGAAAACCCCCGCCCUGCUCAGUCUGUCGUACUUUUUGCGCAUGUUGGGCCCAGCCAUUGGCUAUGCCUUGGCCUCCUUCUGUCUGCGUCUGUACAUAGCGCCCCAAAUUCAUCCGGUUAUUAAUAACAAGGAUCCUCGCUGGCUGGGUGCUUGGUGGCUGGGGUGGCUAGUUAUGGGAGGAUUGCUUCUGUUCUCAAGCGUUUUUCUCUCCAUGUUUCCAAAGAAACUGCCUAGGGCGGCGGCCAGGCGAAUGAUUGAGGAGGAACGUCGAAAGGCGCGUCUGUCGCUGAAGUACAAAGAAAGCUCGGAAAAGGAGCAGCUAGCCGCCGAGUUGGAAGAGAAGUCGCCAACUGAAGUGCAGGCAUCUUUUAAGGAUAUGCUGAAAACCUUUAGGCGUCUCACAUCCAACAAGACCUUCAUGUGCAACACGCUUUCCUCCAUUUUCUAUCUCGUCGGUUACACCCCCUAUUGGAUCUUCACCCCAAAGUACAUUGAGGUUCAGUACCGACAGUCCGCUGCUACCUCCAGCAUGGUCACUGGCACUGUGGCAUUGGCCUUUUCGGCCGUCGGUGUUCUGCUCUCUGGAUUUAUUAUUUCCCGCUUUAAGCCACGCGCUCGUUAUAUGGCCGCAUGGAAUGUCAUUGUUGGCUUUCUAACUGUAGCCGGCAUUCUGGCCUAUGCCUUCAUCGGUUGCCCCGGCAACGAGAGCUCCGUCAUUGUCAAUAUCCACGACAGUACGCUCAGCAACAAUGCCACCUGCAACUCUGCCUGUGCCUGCGACUAUGUCCGCUACUCUCCAGUUUGUGGAGAGAACAAUAUGACUUAUAUAUCAGCCUGCCAUGCGGGCUGCAAGGGUGAGCAAAUGAACUCGGAUGGUCGAAAGAUUUUUUACGACUGCUCGUGCAUUCCAAGCAGCAAUGAAAAUGCCACAACCCAGCCCAUCUUUAAACGUCUGACUGCCCGAGACAUGAUGAGUCACAACAACAUCAGCUUGAUGGAGCCAGCGCAGUCUUCUCUUGGCUCGCCGUUCUCGGAACUAAAUUUAGCUGGCCAGGCAAUGCCUGGCUCCUGCCCAGUCAACUGUUGGGCGCAGUUUGUCACGUUUCUGGCGGUUAUGUGUUGUCUGAAGUUUGUGGGCGCCACGGGCAGAGCAUCCAACUUCCUAGUUUCGGUACGCUGUGUGUCAGAAAAAGAUAAAACGGCGGCCAUGGGUCUUGGCAUGAUGAUGUGCUCGAUGUUCGCCUUUAUACCCAGUCCGAUAUUCUUUGGUUGGGUGCUCGAUCGCAUGUGCUUGGUUUGGGGCAAGACAUGCACAAAUAAGGGCAAUUGUUGGCUCUACGAUCCACAAUCCAUGCGAUAUACUCUCAACUUUACUGCUGCAGUUUUUAUAGCGAUUGGUGCCAUAUUUGAUACUGGAGUCUGGUAUUAUGUCAAGGACCUCAAGAUCUUCGACGAGGAAGUUAAGGACAUUGAAAUGAAAAUAGUACAGCACGAGGAGGAGCUCAAUGCAGAGAAGAAUACAGAAAUCUAAUCUUAAUAUGCAUAUACACGUAUAUACGUAUGUACAUUCUAUGUAUUUAAAUGUGUGAUUGUGGUUGGUGGCUGUUGUUAACUUGUGUAAGUGAGAUGAUCUUUUUGUAGAGUCGGUGCAAUAAACUGUAUUAUGACAGCAAGACCGUGUGAUAAGCCCAAA